AAGCGAAAGCUAAGCGAAAGCUUCCUUUAGAGGGGGCAAAAUGGCCGUAGCCAUGACUAGCUGGGUUACUCCGCUGUUUGUUCAGGUCUUCCCUCCCAACAUCUUCGCAGAGAAACUGGAGGCUAAGUUGGCCAUCCAUUUCCAGUCCCCGAAGAAAUCCGGCGGCGGCGAAUGCAACGUGAGAGUGAAAGACCACGAACGGGGCAUCUAUUCCGUGCAGUUCCGGUCGGAAGAAGCAAAGAAGAGUGUGAAAGCCCAUCAUGGACAUACUAUAGAAGUUGGGGGAAUAACUCUGGAGAUAAGAAUUUUGACAGAUUCGGAGUUGGCUGUGAUUGAUGCUGCAGAAACAGAUUUUACAAACAGCGUGAUAGGCUCAGUUUCACCUUCACUUUCUUCAAACUUUUUGCCUCUUCAGAAUGAUUUUAAAAACAAGCAAGAGAAAAUCUAUGCAGCUGGUCAUGAAAGUGCUAGAAAAAAGAUAUUUCUUGAGGUUUCUGCCACCUUGAAUACUGACUUGCUCACUAAACAGCAGAGAAAUCAGGUGACCGAUGUAUGUCCUACCUUAAAAAUAGAGAGAGCAUCAAGUCGUCUUGGUGUUGAAAAGGUGGUGGGACCCUAUGAGGAUAUUGAAAAGUUACACUGUCAUUUUGAGAAGCUCCUUAAAGACCACCGUGGCAGUGAAUUUUGGCCACCUAAAAAGCAGGACAAUUGUGAUGAAGCAAAGGAAGACCACAACAGAAGAUACGGGAGUGAUUUAGAAGAACUGGCCAAAAUGGAAGUUCCUUCAGGUAUCUUUGAAUAUUUUAGACAAGCCUACAAGGAAGAAAUUAAAAAAAUUGAGGAGACAUUCAGUGUAAAAUUAGUAAUAGGCAACACUGGGAAUGGAAUCACUUCUGUCUGGUUUGCUUCAAUGAGGGCACAAAACUUUGCUAAGAAAGCUCAGGAGGAUUUUGUCUUGCUUUUCCAGAAAGUAGCGGGAAAUCUAAAACAGGAAACAGUUCCUUUCACUGAUAGCCAUGCGUGUGAGAUGAUAGAAAGAAAAUGCAAACACAUUAUUAUUAAAAAAUACAAGGACACGGCUGUUCUUCAAGGCCCCACAAAGGAAGUUUCAGAUGCAAAGGCAUUGUUAAAUGAAAUGACAGCAAAGAACUGGAAUAAAAAAAAUGAUCCCCACAUACAGCUAUCUAGCUUUGAAGUUGACUCUACAGUAUUUGCAUUUCUCAAACCAAGAUUAAGUCAAGACAUUGAAGUAAUAAACCAGACGUAUUGUACUAGAAUGGAGAUGAGGCAUUGUCACGAAGGUCAGUUAACAUGCAUCACUUUUAUGCCCCAGCCAUAUGCAUCGUCAGAUCAGUCUUCACCUGCUGCUGAGUAUUUUCAGUAUGUAUACCUGAUGUAUUCACAAAAUCCACAAAUAAAAGAAAUUCCCUUGAAACUUCUGGAAGAUCAGAAAAGGAAACUGAAGGAUUUAUUUAGCUAUUUCCAACAUGAACAUCCCAAAAUAGAACUGGCUCUAAAUAAAAACAACCUGGUAAUUUAUGGUCUUCCUGAAAACAUAUUGUCUGCUGAGAAGCAGAUCAUGAAGUCCCUGAAUAGUGAGGAAUUUGUAGCUGCAAAUAGUAAAGCAGCAGCCAUUCCUGAUUCCAGUCUUGGGGCUGCUACAGGCGCAUACUUUCAGCCGCAGAGUCAUCACAAAAUGCAGCUGGUUCCUUCUCAAGAGCAGCCAGUAGGGAAGGCAACGGAAGUCCAACCAGAUGAAUGCUGUGCCAUCUGCCUGAACACAAUCCACCAGAAAGAAGUGCUACCCAAAUGCAAGCACGCAUUUUGUGCAUCCUGCAUAAGAACGGCAAUGAAAUAUAAACCAGUCUGCCCUGUGUGCAAUGUAGUCUAUGGGGAUAUAAAAGGAAAUCAGCUCCCAGAGUCUCUGAAUAGUGAGGAAUUCAUAGCUGCAAAUAGUAAAGCAGCAGCCAUUCCUGAUUCCAGUCUUGGGGCUGCUACAGGCGCAUACUUUCAGCCGCAGAGUCAUCACAAAAUGCAGCUGGUUCCUUCCCGGGAGCAGCCAGUAGGGAAGGCAACGGAAGUCCAACCAGAUGAAUCCUGUCCCAUCUGCCUGAACACAAUCCACCAGAAAGAAGUGCUACCCAAAUGCAAGCACGCAUUUUGUGCAUCCUGCAUAAGAACGGCAAUGAAAUAUAAACCAGUCUGCCCUGUGUGCAAUGUAGUCUAUGGGGAUAUAAAAGGAAAUCAGCCCGCAGGAAAAAUGGACAUCGUCAAAACUAGAAUUUCCCUCCCUGGUCAUCAGGACUCUGGCACCAUCACUAUUACUUACCAUAUACCCGAUGGUAUUCAGACAGAAAUGCAUCCUCACCCAGGGAAACCUUUCCCUGGAACAUUCCGCAAAGCAUACUUACCUGACAACAAAGAAGGAAGAGAAAUUCUGAAGUUGCUGCAACGGGCCUUCAACCAAGGCUUGAUUUUCACAGUGGGCCAGUCACGAACCACUGGCGCGACUGAUGUGGUUACUUGGAAUGACAUUCAUCACAAAACUAGUAUGCAUGGAGGAGAAAGGGGUUUUGGUUACCCUGAUCCUAAUUAUCUGAAACGUGUUAGAGAAGAGCUGAAGGCAAAAGGAAUUGAAUGAAUAUUUUUACUUCUGUGAGCAGUCCAGACUUUCUAGCUUGUCCAUAUAUAUAUAUCAUUUUAAUUUAGCAGAGGAGAAUUAAUAAAAAAAAUAGCUUUGGCAGUAUUCGUUGCCUUCUAGAAUUUCAGAACAAUUGUUAAAUUAAUGGUGUUGUAUUUAGAAUUACAGAUGCAAAUUGAAAGAAUUGUUAAUACUUUUGAUCGAAGCUGCAAUCCAAAAAUAUUAUAUAGAAACUCCAUUAAUUUCUUCACUGCAAUUGUUAACGUCAAGUCUAGAUAUGACUAUAUGCAUGGAUAGUUAGUCUCUAUGUUUACAAUGUUUGAUAUUGUUUUGAAUUUCAGCUUGUAAUUUCUUUUUUUAAAUCUGCUGUCGGAGCCCUUGCCAUGUUGUGAAUCUUCAAAAUUAAAAGAGAGCUGUUGUGUGUUCUUACAUUUUAGCAGACUGGAUUAUAAUAAAGUACCCAUAAUAUGGUAAAAUCGUAUUAAAGCAGCAUGGUGGAUAAAGAA